AUGGAGAAGAAUCCUCCUGAGAAAUUCGGUAGUAUCAAAAGUUGGAGGAAGAACAACACUGUCACUCCAAGAUCACCCAAUGUAGCCACCGUCAAUGGAAAAUCAAACAAUUUUGAUCGUCAGAGACAAGUAUGGGACAGUAUGGAUAGAGAUAAUGUUAUGGUUGAGGAAUCAUUUUCCGAUCAGCAUCACAACGUCGAUCAACUCUCCGAUGACAUUGACCGAUUCAUCGAUGCUCUCUCCUCCGUCGAUGACACGUCGAGCCCGCCGGAAGCUCCGGAAGCCGUCGAGACUUAUUUGAAGAUUGUUGAAUCCAAAAUUGAUAAGUUCAAUUCCGGCGAAACUCAGAUGAAGCUCGUCACAAUGACCGAGGAUGACACGUUUUUUAUCGCAGCUGCAACUCGUAUAUCAAAAUUGACAAAUGCGUUGAGUCAAUUGUCUUCGAGUUUUAAGACCACCACAGCCAUACUAGACCGAACCAGCAUGGUACUGCAAAAAGCCAUGUCCGUAUCGGAAGAAUUGUUUUGCGCUCUUCUAGAAAAUUCUAGAAGAUUCAAUUCGAAGGAAGAGUCCGAUCGUUGCGUUUUGACAGAGUCUGAGCCGACCGGCGAGGUUAAUUUACCGGAGUACUCGCCGGAAGUGGUGAAGAAGAUGAACGCAAUCGCGACCGGGAUGAUCUCGGCCGGGUACGGAAGAGAGUGUUGUCAGGUGUUUGGCAUUGUAAGACGAAACGCAUUCAACGAAGCAUUGAAAGAGAUCGAAUUCGAGAAGAUCAGCAUCGACCAGAUACAGAGAAUGCAAUGGGAAGCUCUGGAAGGUCAGAUCACGGGGUGGAUCAAAGUCGUGAAGUACUGCUCCGCCGUGCUAUUCCCCGGCGAGAGCAGACUCUCUGACGCCGUCUUCUCCGGCGACGAUCGAUCCAUCUCGAAAAACCUGUUCAGCAGCAUCGCACGCCCCAUCGUCAUCCAGUUCCUUGACUUCGCCGAGGCGGUGGGGCUGACGAAGCGAUCGGCGGAGAAGCUCUUCAAAUUGCUCGACAUCCACGAGACUCUCCGAGAUCUAAUUCGGGCGAUCUCCGAGUCUUGCACCGACGACUGCCGAGAAGAACUGACAUCGGAGAUAUCCACCGCCUGUGACCGAAUUGGUGACGCCGCCAUGAGCAUCUUCUCCGAUCUGGAGAACUCUAUCAGGAACGACGCCGCAAAAACUCCGGUCCCAGGAGGCGCAGUUCACCCCUUGACGCGCUACGUCAUGAAUUAUCUAAAAUACGCCUGCGAGUACAAGGACACACUAGAACACAUCUUCAAACAGAUCAAAACAGAUAACCCGAAUGAGAAUGAGAAAGAGAAAGAGUCUAGGAACAAGAUUAAUCAGACGGUGGACAAGUGUUCAUCAUAUUCAGAUCAGCUGCUAAAAAUCACGGACUUGUUGGAUUCAAAUCUGGUGGCAAAGUCAAAGCUAUACAGGGACCCCUCAUUGCGUUGCAUAUUCUUGAUGAACAAUGGUAGAUACAUACUACAGAAGAUCAAAGGGUCGACCGAGAUCCACGAAUUGAUGGGCGACACGUGGCGUCGGAGAGUGUCGUCAGAGCUGAGGCAGUAUCACAAGAAUUACCAGAGAGAAACAUGGGGAAAAGUCCUGCAGUGUCUGAACCAUGAGGGCUUGCAAGUGAAUGGGAAGGUGGUGAAGCCUGUGUUGAAAGAGAGGUUCAAGAACUUUAGCGUAAUGUUUGAAGAGAUACACAAGACACAAGGUGCGUGGGUGGUGACUGAUGAGCAGCUUCAGUCUGAGCUUAGGGUUUCGAUAUCGGCGGUGGUGAUACCGGCUUACCGGUCGUUUGUGGCGAGGUUCCAGCAACAAUUGGAUUCAGCUGGACAGAGGAAGUAUAUAAAGUAUCAACCGGAAGAUAUUGAAGGGUUGAUUGAGGAACUGUUUGAUGGGAAUACUGUGUCAAUGGCCAGGAGGAGAAUGUAGCUUGUGAAGAAGAGGUGGUGGUUCUGUUGAGGUUUGUUGUAUUUUUCUGCGCUUCCUUUUCUGGAUAAUUGCAAUCUGAUGUAAACUUUAUUUGAUGUAAAAUUAUGUUACAGGAUAUUUUGUUAGAUAUUUUUUUAAAAUUUUUUUUAGGGU